AUGCCGGGCCUCACCAUCACGACCGGUGCCCGCCCGGCACCUGCCGCGACGCGGGGCACAACCUCAAGCGCGGGCGCGAACGCAGGCGCGACGGGCGCAAGCACCACAAACCAUCAGCGGCGAACGUCAUCGCCAGCGCGGCCUCCAGUUAGCCCAAUCACCCCAACACUAGGGCCAAGGCAGGUGUCUAGCAGUCCGCCCAACAACAACAACAACAACAACACCACCACCAAUACCAUCCCCGACUUCGCCCUGGGACGACCGACCUUUACGCACACGACGCAACCCGAUCAGAUUGGCACCGUGCCCCCUCCCGCGCAGCCCAUCAACUUUGACGAGAACCCGGACGUGCUGGCUCUCAAGAGCGCCAUCUCCAUCCUGCAGCUGCAGCGGGCGCGCGCGACGGCCGACAUCCAGUCGCUGAGCCGCGCCAAGGCCGCCGCCCUCGCCGACCCGGCCGCUUUCGUUGCCGAUCUGGUUGCGGGGAGGGUAGGCACAGAGCGGGGUGGUGAGACGCUACUACUCGGGGGGAGGAGGGCAGCAGAAGACGGGCUGGCAGAAGGAGAAGAGGAGGAGGAGAGCGAUGAAGACGAAGACGAAGACGAAGACGAUGAUGAGAAUGAUGAUGAUGAUGCCGAUGCCGACGACGACGAGCAAGGCUCAACAACACCCCGUUCACGAUCCGGGAGACGAGUGCCGGGAAGGAUGGGGAAGGGUGAAAUUGACGGCACAGACCGCGAGAUGUCCACAACGGACGGCGCCGGGGGGAGGAGGAGGCGGACCACACACAAACGCAAGGACACUUCUGCUGCCGCUGCCGGUCCGGCGGACUGGCGCAAACUGCCCAGGCCCCAGAACGUGGUACGCUGCCCGCCCAUCAACUGGGCGCAGUACGGCGUCGUGGGCGAGUCCCUCGACAAGUUACACGCGGAGCAGCUAGCGGCGCCGACGCCGGGGGCGCCCCUGGUUCUCGGCCCGGGUGGCACCUACGAGCCUGGGCUCGCCGACCAAAAUCAGCUUGCUGGUGCUGCCGGUGGGGAGCCGCCACGGCGAUUAGUUGGCAUUGCAGCCCCGUAUACCCCAGGGAAGGAUAAGCUAGAGAAGAAGGGUAAAAGUGGCAAACGCUGA